AGGUAUAUCAUUCACACCUUUUUUACAAAACCUUACUUUCUAAGAAACCAAACAAACAAGACGAUCAAGGUUCAUGACCCGAGUAAAUUAAAAUACAACACUUGGAAUCUCUAUUAAAAUAUAUGUAAUCUCGCCCUCUUUUCUCUCCUUCCUGGUAACAAAAACAAAUACCAUCAGACAAACACUCCUUUUCUCCUUUUAUAUUUAUAUAACAAUCACACUUCUACUUGCCCGGAAUUCCGUGGACUUCAAUCAACAGUUAUGGAGUUUUUCACCAAAGUUAAAGCAGUAAAACUCCGAAGCCACCUCGACAAGUACCUAGCGGCCGACGACGACAAAGAAACAGUGCGACAGAGCCGCCAGGGCUCGGCCCGAAAAUCCCGGUGGCUGGUUGAACCCGUCGACGGAAACCCACAACUCAUACGGCUCAAAGGCAUACACGGCAGCUACCUGGCCGCCUCCGCCGCCCCUUUCCUCCUGGGCAUGACCGGAAACAAGGUCGUUCAGGCCAAACGCGAUGACUCGUCGGAGACGACGACGGAGUGGCAGCCGAUCAGAGAUGGGUUUCAGGUGAAGCUGAAGGCGGCGGCGGGAGGGACUUAUUUGAGGGCCAACGGCGGAACGCCGCCGUGGAGGAACACCGUCACGCAUGAUAUUCCGUUAGCCGGUUCGACGCAUAAUUGGGUUUUGUGGGAGGCGGAGGCUGUGGAGAUACCGGAGAAUGAGGCGUUGAAUGAUUAUUUGUCGUUGGUUUCGAGUUUUUCGUCACUUUCCGAUGAGGUUUUUGGGUCGGAGGAGGUUGAGUCGCCGAUGUCUAUACGGUCCUACAAUUCUCCCAAGUUGUCUACGAAGAAG